AAAAAUGGGAUAAAAUACAUAAAAAUGUGACUUUUAAUUUUAUUUUGUGUUAAAAACAAAAAAAAUUAUGCUUUUGUGUUUUGUACGUCAGUGUGAGAAGGUUAGUUCGAUUGACAUAUGAUAUCCACAGCGAAGAUCGUUGACAGCUCCCGUGCUUGUUUUGGAUAGAAUUGUCCAUUUUAUAUAUCGAGUGUUGAAGCUUCCGGAUUUUCAAAGAGGAGAAGACUCACAGAAUCCCAUUUUAAACAGUAUGUUCGGUCAUGCGUUGCUGAAGGCCGCAAACUUACGACAGGUAUUUUCGAAGUGCCGACCUCUGUUGCGGAGCGGGCGGUCGUUUUCGGUCGGACGCAGGUGCACCCCAGGGCUGUUCCUUCAGGCGUCGAGGGGGUUCUGCAAGAAGAAGGAGGGCGGCGUCGGAGACGGAGAAGGGGACGGAGCCGGGAAGCUGCCUCCUACGCCGCCUCCGGCCUUCGAUAACGAUGAUAACAAAGAUCACCACCAGACAACUUUGCCGGCUUCGGUCGUCGUCCCGGAAGUCUGGCCCCAGGUACCGCUCAUCGCCAUCAACAGGAAUCCAGUCUUCCCGAGGUUCAUCAAGCUAAUCGAGGUGUCACAUCCCGAAUUAAUAGAACUUAUUAGAAGAAAGGUAAGACUGAAUCAACCGUAUGUGGGCGUCUUUUUGAAAAAGAACGAAGAAAAUGAAAAGCAGGUCAUAACCACCAUAGACGAAGUUUAUAGAGUCGGCACAUUUGCACAAAUCCACGAGAUGCAAGACCUGGGCGAUCGUCUUCGCCUCGUCGUCAUGUCGCACAGGAGAAUCCGGUUGACAUCGCCAAUUUUCGAAGAGCCUGCACCAACAGGACAGAGACGGAAACGGACCGCUCGAAGGCUGAAAGAGCUCGGCCUGUCUGAUAAAUCAAAGCAGGAUGACAAACAGGCUAAAGCCUCCAGACCUAUUCCAAAAUCAAAAUCAAUUCUAAUAGUCGAAGUUGAAAAUGUGCAGCACGAAAAGUUCAAAAAUACCGAAGAAAUCAAGGCUUUGACGCAAGAAGUGAUAAAAACUAUAAAGGAUAUAAUUAGCUUAAAUCCUCUGUAUAGAGAAACAUUACAACAGAUGUUGCAUCAAGGGCAGAGAGUAGUCGACAAUCCGGUUUACCUUUCUGAUCUAGGAGCUGCUCUUACUGGAGCAGAACCGGCAGAACUACAAGCAGUUUUGGAAGAAAUGGAUGUGCCCAAGAGGCUCAUGUUGUCGCUUGCCCUCCUGAAAAAAGAGCUGGAGCUAAGCAGGCUCCAGCAGAAAAUCGGCCGUGAGGUCGAAGAAAAAGUCAAACAGCAGCACAGGAAGUACAUUCUUCAGGAACAGCUUAAAGUUAUUAAAAAAGAACUCGGCCUGGAGAAAGACGACAAGGACGCCAUAGAAGAAAAAUUCAGAGAAAGGAUCAAGGAUAAAAAUGUACCGAAAAACGUCAUGGAAGUUUUAAAUGAAGAAAUGAAUAAGUUGGGAUUUUUAGAAAGUCAUUCUUCAGAAUUCAACGUUACUCGUAACUAUUUGGACUGGUUGACUUCUCUUCCAUGGGGUUUGACAAGCACUGAGAAUUUAGAUUUGACCCAGGCUGUUAAAAUAUUGGACGAAGACCAUUAUGGAAUGGAUGAUGUUAAAAAGAGAGUCCUCGAAUUUAUCGCCGUGAGCCAGUUAAAAGGCAGUACUCAAGGUAAAAUUUUAUGUUUCUACGGUCCUCCGGGGGUCGGGAAGACCAGUAUAGCUAAAUCAAUAGCCAGAGCUCUUAAUAGAGAAUACUUUAGAUUCAGCGUCGGCGGCAUGACCGACGUGGCAGAAAUCAAAGGACACCGGAGGACUUACGUCGGAGCGAUGCCGGGCAAGGUGAUCCAGUGUCUGAAGAAGACGAAAACCGAAAACCCGCUCAUACUGAUAGACGAAGUCGAUAAAAUCGGAAAGGGAUUCCAGGGGGACCCGGCUUCGGCCCUUUUGGAAAUGCUCGACCCAGAACAGAACGCCAACUUUCUCGAUCACUAUUUGGACGUCCCGGUCGAUUUAUCAAAGGUGCUUUUUAUAUGCACGGCGAACGUCACCGACACCAUUCCCGAGCCGCUACGAGACAGAAUGGAAAUGAUCGACGUCUCCGGGUACAUCGCCGAAGAAAAAUUGGCCAUAGCUAAGCAGUACCUUUUCCCACAAGCGAUGAGAGAAUCCGGCCUUACUAAAGCACAAAUAAAUUUAGACGAUGAUGCGUUGAAUCAGAUAAUCAAGUUUUACUGUAGAGAAAGCGGUGUGAGGAAUUUACAAAAACACAUAGAAAAGGUUGCCAGGAAGGUGGCGUUCAAGGUGGUCAAAAAAGAGUCCGACAAGAUAUUAGUGACGAAAAAGAAUUUGGAGGAAUUCGUCGGAAAGCCUAUGUUCUCUCAUACGAGGAUGUUCGAAAAGAUGCCCGCCGGGGUCGUCAUGGGUCUCGCAUGGACGGCAAUGGGCGGUUCGACUUUUUACGUCGAGACCGCCCUGAACAGGUUGCCCGGGAGCAACACCAUCGUCGAAAAAAACAAAAACGAGAAGACAACCGACGGAUCGUUGGAGGUGACCGGCCACUUGGGCCAGAUCAUGAAAGAGUCGGCCAGGAUAUCGCUGACAGUCGCUAAAAACUACAUGCUCAAGAUUGACCCGAAGAACGAUUUCCUCAUGAAAAAUCACAUCCAUCUUCACAUACCAGAGGGAGCUGUACCGAAAGACGGGCCGAGCGGUGGUAUAGCGAUCGUCACUGCACUUUUAUCCUUAGCGAUGAACAAGCCAAUCAGACAAGACAUAACCAUGACCGGUGAAGUAUCCUUGAAAGGAAAUGUGAUCGCUGUAGGAGGAAUCAAAGAAAAAAUAAUGGCGGCAAAACGAGUCGGUGUUAACUGUGUUAUCCUUCCCGACGAGAACAAAAAAGACUUCAACGACCUGCCUGCAUACGUUACAAAAGGUCUUGAAGUGCAUUUUGUCAAUUUCUACGAAGAUGUGUACAAGCUGGCUUUUCCGAAAUAGAACAAAUUAAAUCUAUGAAAAUUUUACACUUUUGGUCGAACUGUGACGUUGACGGAUAAUAUUUUAAAAGUAUUUGAUAGUGAUUAAAAAGAUUUAUGUG